GGGCUGACGUGGGGCUGCUGCUGCUGAGGCCCGUUGCAUUGUGGUCCGUGAGCCAGAGGAAGCUGCCGCACCGGAAUCUAAAGAAUUUGAGGUGUCCGCCAAGUCUGCUGUUCAUCGUCAGCUCGUCUUUCUGUGUCUCUCUCCGGGCGGACGCUGGGAUUAACAAAGAGCAAAAAAUGUCUCAGGCUGAUAAAAUGAAGCAGGGCCAAUUCACCAACCCUGAGACCCCGGGGUAUGUUGGAUUUGCUAAUCUGCCUAAUCAGGUUCAUCGCAAGUCGGUUAAAAAAGGAUUUGAGUUUACAUUGAUGGUGGUAGGUGAAUCUGGACUUGGAAAAUCCACCUUGAUCAACAGUCUGUUUCUCACUGACCUUUACCCUGAGAGAGUCAUCCCUGGAGCAGCAGAGAAAAUAGAGCGGACAGUUCAGAUUGAAGCCUCAACAGUAGAAAUUGAGGAGCGAGGAGUGAAGCUCCGUCUUACUGUGGUGGACACACCAGGAUACGGAGAUGCCAUUAAUAGCCAGGACUGUUUCAGCACCAUCAUCAGCUACAUUGAUGACCAGUUUGAGCGCUACCUCCAUGAUGAGAGCGGUCUAAAUCGUAGGCACAUUGUUGACAAUAGAGUUCACUGCUGCUUCUAUUUCAUCUCCCCACUUGGUCAUGGCCUGAAACCUCUAGAUGUCCAGUUCAUGAAGGCCAUUCACAAUAAAGUUAACGUGGUUCCUGUCAUUGCUAAGGCGGACACAUUGACACUCCGAGAGAGGGAGCGACUUAAGCGCAGGAUUUUGGAUGAGAUUGAUGAACAUGGGAUCAAAAUCUAUCACCUUCCCGAUGCUGAGUCAGAUGAGGAUGAGGACUUCAAAGAACAAACCAGGAUCCUCAAGGCUAGCAUCCCGUUCGCAGUGGUGGGGUCCAACCAGCAGAUUGAGGCCAAGGGGAAGAAGGUCAGGGGCCGCCUGUACCCCUGGGGAGUGGUGGAGGUGGAGAACCCGGAGCACAAUGACUUCCUCAAGCUUCGGACCAUGCUGAUAACCCACAUGCAGGAUCUACAGGAAGUGACUCAAGACCUGCACUAUGAGAACUUCCGCUCGGAGCGCCUCAAACGGGGUGGCAGGUUGUCCUCCCAUGGUUAUAUUCUGCCUCUGUCUCCUGCGAAGGGGCCGGAGCCAGAGGAAAUGGACAAGGAUAUGAUCCUCCAGGAGAAGGAGGCUGAGCUGCGACGAAUGCAAGAGAUGAUUGCCAAGAUGCAGGCGCAGAUGCAGAAGCAGGGCGAUGGAGAGGGAGACGGCCCCCAUGUGUGAAGGUCUUAGCCACUGCCAGAGCUGAACCAGAGGCAGAGCUGGAUGAUAAUGGAGGAGUACAAGCUACCUGGUUACUGACUCAGACUGCUUGCCACUAUUUUAAUACUGUCCCAAAUGGGAUCUGGAGUGAUUCUUUCUUUCUUUUCUUUUUUUUUUUGAAUACAUACAGUAAAGUAUACGCAAACAGUGUUAGGUUUCUAUAUUUACCCAUGUUUCUAUUUCUUCAAAUUAUUUUUUCAUUUUUUGUUUAUUAAACAUUUUGUCAAGUGACUCGUGUGACCCAUCUUUUAAAAUGGUGGCAUAUAUUUUUAUUAUAAACUCACUCGGAUGUUCUGUUAAUUCUUUUUGUUUGACAAAACCAAAGUAUUGCUGCCUCUGUUCAGUGCUUUUAGCCAGAACCAUCUCAAAGCACAUAUGAAAGAGCUUCACUGGGAGAUUAAUCUACAGUGGAAACUAGCAAAAAGCUUAUUAUGGCUUUGUCUGAAUAUUCCUGUUAAACAAAAACAUAACUGUAGAUCAACUUGUUAAUUAGCGGUCACCCUGCUCAGUGUUACUCAUGGUUUUUCUUCUGGUGAACCUUUAGGUGUUUCUUAAUGCUGUGUUGGGAUCAUCUCUUCCCUUUCCUGUCCAGAUCCUGUUCAUUAGUGCAGUUCUCAGAUCAGUGUCACCACCCUUUUAUUUGUUGUUGUUAAACUCCUUCGAAUUUUGAUAUGGUUUCAACUGUAACGUCUAACAGUCUUCCUGAAGAGCUGACAGAUGAAGGACCGAUUAAAUGAGGUGCUUUUAACUGUGACACGCCUCUAUUUGGUGCUUUUGGUAGAUGUAUCUACGUUAAUUUCCUAUAUAGUGAAAACUGAUGAAGUCAUAGUGUAAAAUGAAGUCAGGUGCCAGGAAGCAUGGAUAUUUUGUUUCAUUGAGAUGCUCCAACUGCUGAAUACUUUGUGGUUUUUCACCACCACAGAGGUUUAAAGUGGCCCAAUGAGGCCAGUGUAGCCAACGUUUCCCUUACCAGCCAAGAUGAGUUCUUGACAUUCCUUUUUGUGCUGUUUUUAUCCGAUAUUAAAGUACCAAAUAUUGUUCUUAAUGCAUAUAUUGUAAUAAAGGUUUUAUUCAA